GACUCCUCGUAUCUGAAAGCGAGGAAAAGUUUUGACAGGCGGAACCUGCGGGCGGUUCUUUUUCCUCCUUUUUUCUGCCGACAGCAGCGACGGCUCAGAGGUCACUGCAGCCGGAGUGGCGCGUCUCUCUGCGGGUAGGAGGCUGUACGAUCCUUGGCAGUGUUCUGAGACUGUACGGCCCCGAACCCCCGGCUUGCAUCCACGGACUUAAACUCUGCUCAUGGCAUGAUCCGUCACAGGACUCCUGAUCUGAUCUGAUCUGAUCUGCGCACUUUGAUUUAAACAGGAACUUUUCUUCUCUCUGUUUGGAGGAAACGGACUUUUACAGACUCGUAUUAAAGUUGGACUUAAAUCCAGACUUGUCGGAGUUACGACCGAAAUCAUGACAGCAGAUAAAGAGAAGAAGAGGAGCAGCUCGGAGCGGCGUAAGGAGAAGUCCCGGGAUGCGGCGCGGUGCCGGCGCAGCAAAGAGACGGAGGUGUUCUACGAGCUGGCCCACCAGCUGCCGUUACCCCACAGCAUCAGCUCCCACCUGGACAAAGCUUCCAUCAUGAGGCUAGCCAUCAGCUUCCUGCGCACACGCAAGCUGCUCGCCACGGCCUGCAGCAACCACAGCUGUAAUGGCACGGACGAUGGACUCCUGGACAAUAUGUACCUACAGUCUCUGGGGGGCUUCAUCACCGUGGUAACAACAGACGGCGACAUCAUCUUCCUGUCCGAGAACAUCAACAAAUUCAUGGGCCUCACACAGGUGGAGCUAACAGGUCACAGCAUCUUUGACUUCACCCAUCCAUGUGACCAUGAAGAGAUCAGAGAAAACCUCAGCCUGAAGACAGCAGGAAGCACCUUCCGUAAAAAAGGCAAAGAUCUGUUCACAGAGCGCGACUUCUUCAUGAGGAUGAAGUGCACGGUGACCAACAGAGGACGCACUGUCAACCUCAAGUCAGCCAGCUGGAAGGUGCUGCACUGCACCGGCCACCUGAAGAUGUACGACGGCUGCACCUCGCGGGUUCUGUGCGGCUACAAGGAGCCUCCGCUCACCUGCGCCGUCUUGAUGUGUGAACCCAUUUCACACCCGUCCAACAUCGACGCACCGCUAGACAGCAGGACCUUCCUGAGCAGACACAGCAUGGACAUGAAGUUCACCUACUGUGAUGAAAAGGUGACAGAACUGAUGGGUUACGCCCCUGAAGACCUGCUGGGUCGUUCGGUCUAUGACGUCUACCACGCCCUGGACUCUGACAGUGUCACCAAGAACCAUCACAACCUGUGCACCAAAGGUCAGGCAGUGAGCGGACAGUAUCGUAUGCUGGCAAAGAAUGGUGGCUACGUCUGGGUGGAGACUCAAGGAACGGUCAUCUACAACAGCCGCAACUCUCAGCCGCAGUGUAUUGUGUGCAUCAACUAUGUUCUCAGCGACAUUGAGGACAAGUCAGUGAUUUUCUCCCUGGAGCAGAUGGAGGCUCUGUUCAAGCCGCAACACAUGAGCAGCUUCUUCUCUCCAGGAGGAGUGGGCAUGAACGGAGAGCCAGGAGACUCCCUCUUCACAUCAUUGAAAGAAGAACCAGAGGAUCUUGCUCAACUUGCUCCAACACCUGGAGACACAAUAAUUUCCUUGGACUUUGGUCCCCCUCAGUUCGAGGAGUCCCAGCAGGCAGCAGAGUUCACUCCAUCUUCAUCCAUGCCCCCUCCGGGACCUCCAUCUUGGCCCAGCGAGAGCCACAAGCACACUUCUGCUGCCUCUGCAGUUCCAGGGGACGUGGCUAACAGGGCUUCAUUCACCAUGCAGCGGAAUCCUCCGUCGGGCAGCGCCACUCCAAGCCUCAGCAGCUGCUCCACGCCCAGCAGUCCAGGUGAUUACUACAGCUCAGUGGAGAGUGACCUGAAGUUGGAGCUCACUGAGAAGCUGUUUGCUCUGGACACAGAGGGGAACAGCAGCUCUGCAGGCACUGAGGCGGACCUGAGUGACUUAGACCUGGAAACUUUGGCUCCUUACAUCCCGAUGGACGGCGAGGACUUCCAGCUCACUCCCAUCAUCCCGGAGCCAGAACCCCUGGAGGUGGCUCAGGGCGGAUCCAUGGGGAGUAUCAACAACCUGAACAUCAAGCAGAGCUUCAACAACAUCGCCAAUCUCUUCCAACCGCUGACCUCUCCUCAUCAGCAACAGAACUGCGUCCAGUCUCAGCCUGAAGCAUCCUGGGCCACCGGACAGAGGAGAAGCUCCAACCAGGGGCCCGUGGACACACGAGGACUGUCACAUGUGUUGGGCCACAUGCAAAAUCCCUCAUACCAACCACCAGGCAGUACACCUUUGUCUUCAAUGCAGUGGCCUCCAGAUCCUUUAAUAACCUAUCAGCAACGGCAACAAAAACAGCCUCCAAAGACCUACAUGAUGGAUAAUUUAUCAGGAGAGGAGCAUCCAUCCUGUCAACAGAACAUGUCACACUUGUUGCAGAAACAGAGGUCUAUUGAUAAUUUUAUUCACGCUUGCAAAGACAUGAGUCCAGCCAGAGUGGCUAUGGCCAACAGCAUUAAGCGCUCCUUCAACCAGAUUACUGAGGGUGAGAGAAAGCCAACAGAGAUCAUUUGGAAGAAGAUGAGGGGUGACGGCUGUAUGGAUCGCUCCCUCAGCACAGGAUCACUGACAGAUUCAGGGAUGAGCAGGAUGAUGCACGGCAACACAACUCUUUUUCCCAGCCCUCAGCAUCAACACAGGAAGUCUCAGUAUCAAGGAAAUGGGCUAAGUGGCAGAAAUGAGAAACUCUUUCCCCCAAAGAGCUGCAGCUACACGGACUAUAACAUACUGCCCUCUGACAAGUCAGCGGGCAUAGUGAGUCGUUUGCUGGGACCUUCGUUCGAGCCCUCAUGUUUGCCAGAGUUGACCCGUUACGACUGCGAGGUCAACGUCCCACUGCAGGGCAACCUACACCUCCUCCAGGGCUGUGACCUACUGCAAGCCCUGGACCAGGCCACCUAGAGCCCCCCGCCCCACAAUCCUGGACACUCAGCCCCCGAGCCUCAACCUGCAGCCGUGACUAAGCCUUUCUCCACCUGUUGUGCCUCUAGGUCUUCUGAGAGUUCAAAGAUUAAGCUACCUGUAGAGCACAGUAUUCAUUACCACAUCCUGCUUUACUCAGCCCAUAUAAUCUGGUUUUCCCAUCCGCUUUCUAGUCCUUUAUGUAAACUAAAGCUUCAGAAAUAACAAGGUCAGGCUAAUUCACCCCUUUCUACCCCCAAACUUCUGGCUUAAAUCUGAUUCAGGUUCGGUGGAAGAGCUGCCCUGCAUAGAACCAACCACAUCAAAUGGCCUACAUUCAUUUAUGAAAACCACAGGUCACUGGGUGGAAACCUCCGUGAUGGCUAUUUAACAGAAUAUAUACUAUUACUCUCACACACGUGUCAUGUUUAAAGAGUUCUGACACUGGGAUCUCACUGAGGUUGGUGUAAGAAACGCAGUGUGGUGUUUGGAAACACAAGCCUGAGAUUGGGUUUUGAAUAUUGAAGGUGGUGUUAGAUGGCACCGAGAAACCGGCGCUGCGAGAAACACCUCCAGCCGUGCACGCCAACAACCAGCUGACUCCUGCUGAGGCUGUACAGUCUAUGCGGCUGCUUGCUUUAUAUCAGCGUGUAGCUUUAAAUAGAACACGAUACCCUGCCUACACAUCAGCAGAGACACUGUGUUUGGUCAGUUUUCUUUCGUUGACCAACUCGAGCCUUUUCCAUAGGCAGUCAUCAGUCUGCGUCACCUCACCUGAAUUUGUCUUAUUUUAAUUACCGUAACACAAAUUUGUUCACAACAGCAUUAGAUGUCAGUGUUGUAAGCUUUGUUUAAUUUUAGCUUUCAAAACCUGUUUAUACUUAGGUUACUGAUUCUCUUUAGUUUUAAUUGACUAAACAUUGGUUUCGGGACACUGCUGUAUUAAACCUGCUUGCUUCCAUUUUACUAGGUUCUCACUCCACCAACCCCAUUCUUAUAUCUGUGUCUUUCACAUAGAUACAGUAGUAAAACAAUAAGCUGAAAUACAUGUACUCAAGUGUAAAUGAAAUAUUAAGUUAUGGGUUGUUUUUGCCCAUAUGUUUUUUUUUUCUUUAAAUCUAAUGUGUCUGAACAUGUAGGAGCUGGAAUAAGCAGCUUGUGUCGUAACAGGGUAUUUUCUUAUUGUGUCAUUUAUAUUCAACAAACUAAUAGCUUGCACAAAAUGAAUUUAUCUUGCACAAGUUCCAAGCAAGACAGACGAAGCAGGAAGAAAAGCAGUGGUUUGCACAGACGGCAAAGGGAGAUGAUGAGAGGCGCUCGCUUGUGCAUGCAUGCAGAUGUGUGCUUGUUUGAAAAACUGAACUCAAACGCAGUCUGUACAAAUUUACUUUUAGGUAGUUUCUCUGCCGUGCCAAAUUUCAGUUUCCAUCUCAGGAGUGACAAUCCCUUAUGUGCAAAAUGUCUGCAGUCAAAGUUAAGGCUUAAUAAAUAUAUUAAGCUGCAUUCCAAAGCAAAUUGCUACUAAUGGUUAAAUUGAUGUUUGAGACUUUUUCCAACUUUUUUGCUAUAAGUUGUCAAAAUUGGUUUGUUUUAAAGGGGCAAUAUCAUCUAAAAUCUACUUUUUUGAGUUUUAUA